UACAGCCCUAUGACAAAGAGGACCAAUCCGAGCAAGGGUUGACCAUGGAUAGUGAUGAGUUGUUUUUAUCCUGAUACGGCAGCCCAAUAAACAACAUUUACUUGUGAAUGAAAUCAAACGCAUGAUCUGUUGGUAGUUGGUAAAAUCCUUUCUAUAAUUUGAUCGCAUUUUCUCUUUCGUUUGGUAAGCUUGUUUCUCCUCUCUCACAACCUCAGACGCAUAUUUUGGAAUGGAUUCCAGCACCAAUGAAACAACCCAUGAAUUCCCACCCUACUUCAAAGUAUACAAAGAUGGCCGCGUUGAGAGGUACGGGGUCCCUGACUGUUUUCCUACUGGUCUAGACCCCAAAACCCACGUGCAAUCCAGAGACGUCGUCGUCUCUUCCGAAUCCGGCGUCUCUGCCCGCCUCUUCCUCCCAAAAAUCAACGGCCCAGAUCACAAGUUGCCACUCGUCGUUCACUACCACGGUGGAGCCUUCUGCGUUGGAUCCCCUUUCAACAAGACCUUCCAUAAUUUUCUUCUCUCUCUGGCCUCCGCGGCACGUGCGGUUGUUAUCUCCGUUGACUACAGGCUUGCCCCGGAGCACCCUCUACCAACCGCGCAUCACGACUCGUGGGCCGCACUGCAGUGGAUCGCUACCCACUCGAAAGGUCAAGGACCCGACCCGUGGCUGAACGAGCAUGCUGAUUUCGGGCGGGUUUUCUUGGCGGGGGAGAGCGCCGGGGCCAACAUAGCCCACUACGUUGCUGUUCAGGCUGGCGCGAGCGGGUUGGCUGGCCCUAACAUUCUCGGGUUACUAAUGGUUCACCCAUUUUUCGGUGGUAAAGAGUCCAGUAAAAUGUACGGUGUUAUGUACCCAACGAGCGCCGGGUUAAGUGACCCGAUAAUGUACCCGGAAGUGGAUCCGAAAUUGCCGAGUAUGGCUGGGGGGAAGGUGCUGGUUUGUGUGGCGGAGAAAGAUUCGUUGCGAGAUAUAGGGUUGGGUUAUUCAGAGGUUUUGAGAAAGAGUGGGUGGGGUGGGACCCUGUGUUCUUAUGAAACGGAAGGAGAGGGGCACGGGUUUUUUCUGUUGAAUCCUAGGAGUCACAAGGUGGAGCCCCUGAUUCAAGCCAUGGUUGAUUUCAUAAAUCUGGACUGAUCGAGUUAUUUUGUUUGUCAUGCUGUACCUGGUAGUUUCAAUGUUUGUUUGUUUAGUGUUUGAUUAUUAGAUUAUGUGUUUACACGUUGAUUGA